AUGGUGAGACGGACCUUCAGUCGAUCCACUCGCUCCAUCUACCUGGGCCUGGCCUGUCUAUCUCUCACACUCCAUCUUCUUCUGGCAUUUUUCUGUCUUUCUGUUCUCCAAACAGCUUGUGUCCUGCCUCGUUCCUCCCCUUCUUACAAACCUCCCACAAUCCUCCAAAAUGAAGAGGAUCACAAAAAUAACACCAGCCUGUUCCAGCAGAGAGGGAAUGACUCGUUUAUCGAUGUCGCUGAGACAGAGAAGAACCAAGCUGCAGCGAGACACAGCAUCAAAAAGGUCAAGGGUCAUUCUAAACUGGAAGCGCUGUUCAAUCAUCCGCUGUAUAACAUGCCAUGCCCUGAGCUGCAAGACGAUGAUUGGCUGCUGAGGAUGAAGACAGAAGAGGAUGGAAAGGAUACAGAAAGCCAGGAGGUACAAAGUGAAGAAGAAGGUGAUGGCGAGUGGCGGAGUGCCAGUGAGGACAAAAGUUAUGACAAAACCACGUGGACCAGCGACGUGAAGACUCACCCUCCGUGGCUGCGGUUCCACCUGGGCAUCUCUCGCUGGGAGCUGUACGACAGGAAGGACCCCAGUCUGAAGGAACUGACUCAGUAUCUGGCAACGCAACGUAUCCUUGGUGCUGUUCAGAAGAAAGGAGGAACUCAGCUCAAACUGCUCCUGUCUUUCCCAAACUAUGGACAAGCUCUGGUCAAACCCAUGAAACAGUCCAGGGAUGCAGAGACAGAUGUGAACCUGUUCUACUUCUCAGACUUUGAAAGGCACAAUGCAGAAAUCUCCGCUUUUCACCUUGACAGAAUACUUGGCUUUAACCGGAUCCCUCCAGUGGUGGGACGACUCAUCAACAUCAGCAGAGAGAUCAGAGAGAUCACGACCGAUCGCAAGCUGUCCAGAACCUUUUUCACCUCUCCGGCGGGUAAUGUGUGUUUCUAUGGACAGUGUGAGUACUAUUGUUCCACAGAGCACCCGGUGUGCGGAAGGCCACACACACUGGAGGUGUCCCUGGCUGCCAUGCUACCUGACCUCAGCCUCGCUCCCCGCAGGUCCUGGAGGUCGCCAUGGAGACGAUCAUACAGCCGCAUCAAGCUGGCACAGUGGGAGAUGGAUCCAAACUACUGUGACAGAGUGAAACAGACCCCUCCUUACAGCAAUGGAAGCAGACUGGUGGAUCUCAUUGACAUGGCUAUACUGGACUUCCUCAUGAGUAAUAUGGACAGACAUCACUAUGAGACGUUUGAAAAAUUUGGUAAUGAAACCUUUCUGCUGCAUCUGGACAACGGGCGGGCGUUUGGGCGUCACUCUCAAGAUGAGCCCUCAAUUCUUGCUCCAUUGAAACAAUGUUGCAGGAUCCGUCGCUCCACCUUCCUCCGCUUGCGUCUCUUGUCUCUACCCAGUUUCCGCUUGAGUGAUGUCAUGCGGGAGUCACUGGCCCAGGACCCUUUAGAAAGCGUGAACCCUAUUCUCGCUGAACCGCACCUUUCUGCUUUGGACCGUCGCUUGGCAAUGGUUCUGCAAGAGCUGCAGACCUGUCAGGAAAAACACGAUGUCAUCUACAGUGACUUGGAAGUACAUGAUCAAGAAUCUGUUAGAAAGAAACACCCUAAAUAA